AUGGGACAGGAGGACUCCAAACGAGUGUCGACCUACAGUCCAUGGGAUCCCGACUUCGUGGGCCACGCGGCUCAUAGACCUUGGCUCGGUAAUGAUGAUGAGGAGGAGGAGAGAAGCAAUAGGAAGGGGAGUAGUAGGAAGAGCCGGAAAUCACGGAAAGGUAAGUCGAAGUUUUCUGGACUGCGACGGCGGAAGUAUCAGAAGACAUAUGAAGGGCAGUGGGGGAG